AUGGAAAGGAAGAACAGAGGUCGCCAGAGAAUCACCAUGACCAGGAUAGAGAAAGAGAGCAGCCGACAAGUCACCUUCUCUAAGCGUCGUUUCAGCCUUUUCAAGAAAGCUAGCGAGCUUUCCAUUUUGUGCGGAGCUCAGGUGGCAGUGAUAGCGUUCUCGCCGGGAAAGAAGGCCUUCUCAUUUGGCAACCCGAGCGUGAACGCCAUUGUUGACCAGUUCCUGACUCAAAAUCGAUCCCUGGAAAUGGAUAGCGACCGGAUCAUCGAGGGUCAACAAAACACCACCAUGAUGGAGUUGAGCCAACAGCUGAACCAUGUGGAAAACAUGCUUGAGGUCGAGAGGCAGCGGGGCAAAGCAUUGGACCAGAUGAGGACCACUAGUCGGGGAGAAUUCUUGUGGAAGGAACCGAUCGAUAAGAUGAACAUGGAGCAACUAGAGCAAAUGAAGACGGCCAUGGAGGAUCUAAAGAGCAAGGCCAUCAACCAGGUGGAGAAGUUGACACAAGAGCAAUUAGCUAGUCAUUUCAAUGCUUUCAUGGCAGGGUUAGGCUUUUCGGGUGGCGGCGGUGUGCCGCCUUUUCAUGCAGGCAGAGCCAGCAACAAUCCUCCGUCGCUUCUUGCUGGCCGUGGUUUUUCUGGUGCUCCAUUUGAUGUCGGGGCUUCAAGCUCUGCUCCUCCAAUGGUCCCUGGAUUUAACCGUGGCUCUGGUCGUUGA